AUGAAGGGUUACAACAGGGCGGUCGGAGUCUUCGUCCGGAUCAGACCAACCGCCAACUUCGCCCAAGACCUGAUAGAAGUUCUACCUGAUGGACAGACAAUAAAUAUUCAUCAAAGAAAAGACUCAAGGAAACUCCUGGAAUCCCAAAAAAGUCAUCUGAACUCCCGGUCAUUCCACCUUGAAGGGGUCCUGCAUAAUGUCUCCCAAGAGGAGCUGUACAAUCGGGUGUGCAAACAGGUGGUCCUGGGAGCGCUUAAUGGCUAUAAUGGUACAGUGAUGUGUUUCGGGCAGACAGGUGCUGGAAAAACCUACACCAUGACAGGAUCUACAGAGUCCUACAAGCAGAGAGGCAUCAUCCCUCGAGCCAUCCAGGAGGUGUUUAGGGAGGUGGACAAGAAGUCUGAGCGCGCCUUCUUAGUGCACCUAUCCUACGUCGAGAUAUACAACGAGAGUCUGGUGGAUCUACUGUCAUCGUUACAGGGUCCAAAACGCUCGUCUCGGGGCAUGGCGGUGAUUGAACAGCCGGGUGGAGGGGUCUUUAUUAGAGGUCUUUCUCUUCACCCUGUUCACACCGAGGAGGAGGCCCUCAACCUGCUGUUUGAAGGUGAGAUGAAUCGGAUUAUUGGAUCUCAUGCCUUGAACAGGAUGUCUUCCAGGUCACACUGUAUACUAACUAUUCAUAUGGAGUCACGCUCGCGGACGUUGUCUGAUCCCAAGUACGUCACUUCCAAGCUGAAUCUGGUGGAUUUGGCUGGUUCUGAGAGGCUGAGAAAAACUGGGUCAGAGGGUCAAAUGAUGAAGGAAGCCAUGUACAUCAACAAGUCUUUGUUGUUUCUGGAGCAGGCCAUUCUAGCACUAGCAGACCAUGGCAGAGACCACAUACCCUUCAGGCAGACUAAACUAACACAUGCUCUCAAAGAUUCGCUCGGAGGAAACUGCAGGACUGUGCUGGUGGCCAACAUCUAUGGCGAGGCUGCACAGAUAGACGAGACGAUGUCUACUUUACGUUUUGCCAGCAGAAUGAAGUGUGUGCAGACCAACCCGGCUGUUAAUGAGCACACAGAUCCAGCAGUUCAGAUCAAGACUCUUCAGAGAGAAGUAAAGCUGCUGAAAGAUGAAUUAUCUAUCUACAAUACACUGGUAAACCGUCCAACUGUCACAUAUGAGCCAAUCUCUGAGGCCCAGCAAGCUGAGAUUCAGAACCAAGUUCAAAGCUACCUUGAUGGACGCUUGGAGGAGAUCAGUAUUGUAAGUAAAAGGCAAAUUCAAGCAGUGUUUGCUCAGUUCAAGCUGGCUGUGCAUGAAAAGGAGCAAAAGCUAAAAGCUCAGGCAGGAAAAACCUGCAACAAGAUGUUCCAAGGCUCAAAUGCAGCUUCAAUCAAGAAUUUGGAUACCGGAGGCAGCUCUGAGGAUGUGGAGGAGGAGAACCAUAUAGUGCCCCACCCCCAACAUCCAGUUUCAACCAAAGCCAAAACUUCUAGAGACAAACAUAGCCAAAACAAGAGACAGGGAGAUGGGACUCCUGUUUCCAUGAAGUCUUCGGAAAGUUCGUCCAAAUCAAAGCCCAGUUCUGUUCAAACGUCUGCAAGGGAACUGGAGCCACAAGAACCUGACACUGAAAGCUCCAACACUCAAGAAUUGCUUUUACCUGCCAGUGAACGCGAGCCUCCUUCCAAAGCAGAAGCAUUUGAGGAUUUCAAAGUGGGACAAGGCAGGGAAAUCAACCUCAUCCUGAAGGAGAACAAAACCGUUUUAUUGGAACGGCGCAGUCUCCUCCGGCAGCUCACAGAAGAGGUCAAUUCUGUCAAGAGGGAGAUCGACUCUAUCGCAGCCACUUUGCAGGAGCAAGAAGAAAUGACAGGAGGCAAAGAUGCAGACGAGUGCUUGUCUAUAGAUGGAGACUCAACGCCCCAGCAGCCCAAAGAAUCUUUAUUGGUGCACUUCGGGGAGCUGAAAGCCCGGUACCGUCAGAGAUAUGAGGCACUGCGAGACAUCAAGGCAGAAGUCCACUACUGUAAUCACCUCGUGGAUCAGUGCAGAGUGCGCCUGCUCACUGAAUUUGAGACCUGGUACAAACAGUCUUUCCCUUUGCCUGAUGAGGAGUUUAACCUUAAAAUGACCAAGAAUGUCUCUGAAGAAGGGGAAAGUCAGCCAUCUUGGGUGCAGCAGCAAUAUGAGGUCCUUCCUAAGAGCACUGGCUCUGAUUCCUUCUAUAAUGCCCGCUACAGGACACUAAUACGGAGGAAGAGCAGAGGGCUGUCCGUUUCUCCAGCCCAGUCUGCGGGGUCCAGGCAGAAACGGCUUCCUCCGAUUUUUCCGGUCACCCCAGUCAGGUGA